AAUCUUUUAAACUACUAUUCAUUAAUAACAUAUUUUUUUCAACUAUCAUAUCAUCAUGGAUAUCAUCCUACAGGAUCAAGAUUCUAAAUCAAAAAUGAAAUCAAAUAACAACUAUAAUAAUAGUGAUAUGAAUCUAUUAAAUAAUAAUAAUAAUAAUAAUUCAAUAAAAGGUAUCAAAGAUACUACGAAGAUGGCAAAAGAAUCAUCAAAUAAAGACGAUAUGAAUCAUCCGAACACUAAUAAUAAUAAUAAUAAUAAUACGACUGAUCUUCAAGUGCAAUCAUCAACAUCAUCGGCCAAUAAUAGUCCAAUAUUUGGAACACCUAUCACAAUCACCAAUGAAACUAUAUAUGAAUUUGGUAGCCAUUUUGAGAAUCCAUCACAUGUGAUCAGCGAAAAGGUGCAAAAUUUGGCAUCACAAAUCUAUAAUGAAUUGCAAAAAAUUCUCACCCGUUAUAAUGAUGAUGAAGAAGCAGUUAAUGGUCUUAUGCCAUUGAUAGUCAAUGUUCUUGAAAGUUUGGAUCUAGCGUUGAUUGAAAAUCAACAAUUACAGGUUGAUCUGGAAUUAUGUAAAGAUGAUAAUGAACAAUUAGUACAAGCAUUUGAAAAAGAAAAACAACAUAAGAAAAAGAUUGAACAGCGAUUAUUUGAAUAUGAAUUUUCUACUGAAGAAGAAAAACAACAUUAUCAACAACAUAUCGAUUCAUUAGCCAAUAUUGUUAAAAUGUUGGAAUUGAAAUCUAAAAAUUCAUCUGAUCAUUCAUCUAGACUUGAAGAAAAAGAAAGCGAAAUGAAAAAAGAAUACUCAAAAUUACAUGAAAGAUAUAACGAACUUCGACGUAGUCAUUUUGAUCUAAUGGAAAGGGUAAAAAUUAUCUUGGGAACUGAUAUGGACAAUAAAGAUUUAAGCAGUAAAGAACCGCCAAAUUUUUCUAAUUUAGCAAAUAUAUUUCGUACGAAUUUACAAAAAUUUGCUUCAAAUGAAGAUAAUAUGGAAAAUUAUGACCUAUCUGGAAUGAGUACAACAAAUGCUAGAGUUGAUGAUGAUGAUGUUGGCCAUUCGUUUAUUCAUCAGUCCAGUAAUUCAUUCGUCACAUCUGAUGGAGCAUCAAAUCGUCAGGAUCGAUGGAUGGAAACAGAAAUGUCAUAUGAUGAUACGACAACCAUUAUCGAAGAUGUUGAAGAAUUACAAAAAGAUAAUAGUAAAGAUAAAAAUCGUGAUCAAAGUUUGUCAGGAAAAUUUGUUCACCCAAGUGAAUAUUCUACUAAUGAAAAUUUUUUCGGCAUGGAAAAAGAAAUUGAAAAUUUAAUCACCGAAAAUAAUGAGCUAAUGGCUACUAAAAAUGCUUUGAAUAUUGUUAAAGAUGAUCUUAUUGUCAAAGUUGAUGAACUACAAAGUGAUUUGGCAAUGUGUAAUAAUGAAAUACAACAACGGGAAGCGGUUCAGGAACGAUUAAAAUCACGAAUAUCACAAUUGGAAGAAGAAUUGAAAAAGAAUAAAGAAGAACUUGACGAUUGUAAACAAAAAUUAACCGCCUUAAAAGAGGAUGAAGAAGAAGGUGUACCGAUGGCACAACGUAAACGUUUUACACGUGUAGAAAUGUCUCGUGUGUUGAUGGAACGAAAUAGUUACAAAGAAAAAUAUUUCGAAUUACAAGAAGCUUUAAAAUGGGCAGAAUUAAGCCGCGCUAGUAGAAGUGAAGAUAAAAGAUCGAAUUUUUGGAAAUUAGGAAAAACUCCUUGGAUUGGUUUUAGCAAUCUAUUUAAUCCAAGUCCGACGACUGGAACCAUCGAUCAAACUCGAACAUCAGUUCCUGGUUCAGCAACAUUACCGGCUGGUACACCUGCAAUACGUUAUUCAGUAAAUCCAACUACAACUAUACCAGCAUUGGAAGCAAUGAGACGUCGUGCCCGUGUACAACAGAAUGGUGAUCUCGAAUUAAUGAUGGAUUCGGAUUUAUCAUCCGAAAGAGCUAGAGCAAUGAAAAAUCUUAAAGCACAUGUUAGCCUUUCUGGUAAUGGUGAUCGUAUUCAAGCCUAUGGUUGGAGUAUAACAGGUGCCUCAUCAUCAUCAUCAUCUUCGCCAAGUUCUGAUCCAACAAACAAAUCAUCCUUUUCAUUGAAAAAUACAUCGGUUCCUGUUCCUAUAUAUUGUCGGCCAUUAGGUGGUGAAGAUAUUGGCAUGAAAAUCUGGUGUGCUACUGCUGUUGAUUUAAGUGGUGGUGAGGCAGGAUUUCCUGAUACAAGUAAUGCCUCAAAUAAAUUGGAUUAUGAAAAUUGCAAAAGUAAUCAAGAUCCAUUAACCGAUUUAGAAAAUGAAAUCGGUGAAGCAAUCAAAGAGCAAACAUUACCAACUGAUCAACAAUAUUCAAAUUUUGUUUGGAUAUGCAGUGUUAGUCAUUCUAAAAGUAAAGUGACUAUUGUCAAUAUACGAAGCAAUCCGGGUGAAGUUCUUGAUUCAUUUUUUAUUAAAACACAUUUACUUUGUAUCUGUUCAAUACCGGGUGCUAAAAAUAGUGAUUUUCUUGGUGAUCAUGGUGUAUCGAUACAAUCUGAUGAACAGCCAGAAUUGUUUUUAAGCUAUCGAAAAGAAAAACCAUUAAAUGAUGUGGCUACAUCGAUUACAUUUUCAUCACCUGUGCCCAGUAUACAAUCGGAUGUUUCAACUAAUUUAGAUAACAAUUCGAUUACCAAUGAUGAUGAGGCGAUAAAAGCGGAAGAAGCCUCCAGUGUUAAUUCAAUGCCAAUCUUAUCGACAUCAAAUGAACAAACAACUGAAGCCAAGAAUGUAACAUUAGAAAAAUUAACAGAUUAUGUUGCAUAUACACAGCCACCGUCGCCUACGAAUUCAAUGAAUGGCUGUGAUGAUGAUAGUGACCAACGAUCACAUAAUCAACAAAAAUCUAAUCUAUCUUCAUCACCACAAGCAGAAACAAAUACAAUACGGUCAUCUAGUUCAUCAUUGCCCAUACAAUCAAUGUCGACACGAUUACCGACAAUGUGGCUUGGUGGUCAAAAUGGUGUCCUUUAUGUACACUCAGCCAUUACUCAAUGGUCACAUUGUAUAGCAACCGUACAUUUGUCUGAUUCAAUUCUACAUAUUGUUCAUUAUCGUGGACGAGUUUUUGUUGCAUUAGCCAAUGGUCAAUGUUGUAUAUUCUAUCGUUGUGAACAAACUGGUGAAUGGAAUUUCAAUCAAUAUUACACACUUGAUAUUGGAAUUUAUUCGACCUCGAUGAACAAUCAACAAUCAUCAUCGGAAACGAAUAACAAUAACAAGCAGCCACAGACAGCACUAUAUUCGAUCAGAUGCUUGGAAAUUGUUAAAGAUGUUGUAUGGCUUGGUUAUCGAAAUUUGAUAUUCAUUGUUAAUACACGAACAUUUAAAGUGAUCAAUUUUUUCAUCGCUCAUCCGCGUAAAGAAACCUAUGUGCGGCAUUUAGCUGUCAUGGGAGAUGGUGUUUGGUGUUCGUUUCGAUUGGAUUCAACAUUACGAUUGUAUUCGGCAUUAAAACCUUAUCAACAUUUACAAACGAUCGACAUUGAACCAUAUGUAACAAAGAUGGUCAUGUCCAAAUCAUUCAACUUUGUUAGAAUAACAGCACUUAAAGCAAGUAAUCAUCGAUUAUGGAUUGGUACAUCUAAUGGCGUUGUUUUAUGUUUACCUUGUGCCACAACGGCUGCAAGAAAAUCUGAUGAUAAUAAUACGAUGGCUGCUUUAAGUAAAAAAAUUCAAACCACCGAAGCAACUGGAUCAUUAACGAUAUCAUCAUUUAUACCUUUAUGUGAUGUAGCAACCAUACAGCUGUCUUUUCAUGGCCAUAAAGAUAAUAUUAAAUUUUUUGUCUGUACAAAUAAUCUUAUACUUAGUGGUGGCGAAGGAUAUAUUGAUUUCCGUAUCAACAACAGUAAUGAUGUCAGUUGUUCAUUAUCGAAAGGUGAUCGUUCACAUUUAAUUGUUUGGGAAAUAAACGCCUGAAAAAAAUAAUACAUCUUAAAUUUAUUUUGAACAUUUGAUUUUUUUUAAUAAUUAUCACUGU